AUGUUUCUGUACGCAGCCUUGUCAACUCUUUUGUGUCUCAGUUUGACUAGCGGAUUGACUAUUCCAUUCAACAUUUCAACCGAAAUCCCAACCUCAUCUACAAGCACAACGACUACCACGACGUCAACUACAACCACAACACCAGUCCCAACCACAACACCAGUCACAAACACAACCACAACACCAGUCCCAACCACAACACCAGUCACAAACACAACUACAACACCAGUCCCAACCACAACACCAGUCACAAACACAACCACAACACCAGUCCCAACCACAACACCAGUCACAAACACAACCACAACACCAGUCCCAACCACAACACCAGUCACAAACACAACCACAACACCAGUCCCAACCAAAACACCAGUCCCAGAAACGAGAGAGGCAACAGAUCCACCAAAUGUAAUCAUCGAGGAAUCCAACCGCAGGUGUUCCAGGGAAGGUAUGACCACUGAUGUGUUGGAGAUUGGUUGCUCGGGAUAUAGAAGAUGCGUCGAUGGAACCCUUGUGACGUACUUGUGCACCGACAACACUGUCCUUGAGCGAGAUUCAUUAGUCUGUGUCAGGCCAGGAGAAGGCAACACAGCAUGCAAGAAAGAGAUUUCAUGCGUGGGCGUGGAAGAUGGCCGAUACGCAGACAAGGUAACCUCAGAGAUACAAAACUGCGACUUCCCAUACAACGUUGAGCAACCCUGUGGCACCAGAGCAGCCCCACAGUAA